AUGGAACUCAACCGAGAACAUUUUCGCGCCAUAAUUUAUUACAACUUUCAGAGACAAUUAUCGCAACAAGAGUCGACAAUUUCCCGUUGGUGUGGAGAAUUCAAACGUGGACGGGUGAGUCUUAACGACGAUCCCAGGGUGGGUGCACCAAAAACGGCAGUCACUCAGGAAAACGUCGAUGCUGUGCGCAAACUCAUCAUUGAAGAUAGACAUGUGACAUAUCGCGAGAUUGAGGCGUCCUUGAAGAUCUCAAAGACCUCAAUUCAAAAAAUUUUACAUGAAGAAUUAGGAGUAAGAAAAUUAGUUUCUCGCUGGAUACCCCACCUGUACAGCAGUGUUAGUGGUGAUGAGUCGUGGAUUUACUGUGAAGAAAAGCCAACAAAAGUCAUCCGUUCUCGAAGUGUUUCGAAAAAGAUGGUCGUGACAUUUGUGUCAAAAGCGGGUCAUAUUGCAACAAUUCCUCUUAAUGAGCAAAGAAUUAUUACUGCGGAUCGGUAUACCACCAUUUGUUUGCCAAAAGUCAUCACCGAGCUUCGCAAAAUCAACCCCGAAAGAAGAAUCAUCCUCCACCAAGACAACGCAAGCUCGCACACAGCCCAAAAAACAAGGCAGUAUUUAACGGAAGAAAACGUGGAAUUACUGGACCAUCCUCCAUAUAGUCCCGAUCUAAGUCCUAACGGUUUCUUUACUUUCCCGAAAAUUAUGAACAGACUGCGUGAAGAAGCAGUUGACGCAUUCAAAAAUGCCGUUUUGGAUCUGCCAGCAAACGAGUGGAAUAAGUGCUUCGAAAACUGGUUCGAACGCAUUUAG